CUUUUUUAUGAAGAAAAAAAAUGUGACAAAUCUUGAUUGAGUGGAAGACUUCCUUGUCUCCGCACAAGAUUUGACUUGGUGACCAAAAAGGGGGAAAGACAUCUUGCAACCGAUUAUAUUUUGCAGGCUCGGCCAUCGUCGCAGUGAAAAUUUUCCCACUGUAUUUCUCUUGCAGGCACUUUCUCUGCCAACCGGAAGUUCAAACCUCCUCCAUCUCUCCGUCUUCUUUCCGAAUUUCUAUUAUCUCAGAAACUGUUUUGGCAUUACAGCAGCACUGCACAGACUGUUAUAGAGGUUUCUAGAUAAUCGCAGGUCAUGUCGGCAUCAUGUUCAUCUCUUUUGCGCCCUGCUCUUCCCAUUGGCACUUCUCCCAGAUACCCAUCUUCAUUUCGUAAUCCUAGUCUUCUUCCGAUUACUUCAAGGCGCGAUAUCAAAAGCUGUUUUCUUGGAACGGGUCAGGGUUUGCAAUUUCUCUGCACCGGGUUGGGAGAUCUAAUCGUCAGAAAAGCACACCUGUGGGACGUGGCUGCCGAUAUCAGUGUACAACCUGGACCUCUUGUUCCUUCCAAUCCCUCUCCGGGCUCAUGGGAUGUUUGGAUUGCUGGAAUUCUUGCAUCAGUAAUUCUGCCAUUCUUGGGGUUCAAAUGGGGGCCAUUAAUGAAACUGAAAAGUGAAGUUGACACGGCGGUGCAGAUAGCAGAAGAUGUAGCAGAGACAAUAGAAAGGGUAGCUGAGAAGGUGGAGGACGCAGCAGAAGAGGUUGCCGAUCACGUUCAGGCUGGUGGAAAACUAAAAGAUGCUGCAACGUUUAUCGAAAAUUUAGCCAGAGAAACAGCAAAGGAUGCCCAUUUAGUAGAUGGAAUGAUUGACAAGGUUCAAGAAAUGGAGGACAAAGUGGAGUCCAUCUUUGAACCAGGAAAUGGCCAGCAACAGUAAACAAGAAACGACAUUACAGUUACAGCGCAGGUUGUAGGCCUUGCCUUGUAAUUUGUUGAACGGUAGAUUGAAAUGAUGUUACUUUUUUAUUAAAUGCGCUCUCUCUAUUUGUAGCUGGAAUCCAAAGAAAAACGAGUGUAAAAUGAUGGAUUCCAGUCCUGAUGGAUUUUGACUGUAUUGUGUGUAUUAUUGCUCUUUAAAUACGUAUUGAUAUGAAAA